AUGAUAUCGCCCCCGGACCAGGCGCCAUUGCCGGCUAAUGCCCCAAUAGGUGGCAUUAAACCCAAGGCAGCAAGCACUGCGACGAUAGAAGUCAAUGGAGAGAGGUUGGAUAUUCGCAUCCUCGAAAGCAUUCGAGAUUGGGUUUCCUGGUAUGGCUGGCUUUCGGACCUCUUUGUCGAUCGGAAUUGCUGGUCGCUACUCCACGCCGACGACCGUAUCCUUGAAAAACACCGACCCCCGCUUCCGCUGCUUGCAUCUCGCAACGAGCUGAAUGAAUAUAUCAGGCUUUGCGACGCAUACGAUGAGCAGCAGAUCAGACUUUUCUGGGCAAAGGACAUCUUCUGGGCGUCUCUCAGCUCCGAAGUUCGCCUUGAAACCGCCAGACUGGGGUUCUGCGAAGUACCCACGCUCUUGUGGGUUACGGUUCCUCUCGAAGAAACCCGGGUUGGCCUUACCGAUCUCACUGUGGUUGGCGCUGUAGCAGAGAAUGCCAGCGAUGCCAUUGCCGAGCAUGUAGUAUUAGGCCUAUACGAAUACGUAGCUUCUAGCCUUGAUAGUUCCAGUUAUUGUCAGAAGACUCCCAUCCUCUCGACAGAUUCUGAUUUCUUCGUCGUCUUCUCGUGUGAUGUUGGCAGCUUGGUUCCACGUGAUAUCUCAAAGGGCGACAAUCUUCGCUUCUAUGGCCAGUUUUCGGGGUUUCACUGCAACGAGUGA